AAGAAAGAAAGAAAGAGAGAAGGAAACGAUAGAAAAUGUCCAGAUACCUGGCUCUACUUUUUCUCUGUGUUUUUCUAUCAAAAGGUUCCUGUCUGAAAUGUAACCAAUGUUCUGGGAUACCGUAUAACUGUAUUGACAAGGAGCAACAGUGUUUUGUUAAUCAGACGAGCUGUAUCUCUCAGUCAUUCACUAUUGUAGAGAACGGAACUGUUACUGAAAAGACCUUUAAAGGCUGCAGUGAGGGUCUGGUGUGUAACGAAACGAUGUACUUGGACCGGGGGAUUCGUAAAACCUACAUGAGCUCCUCAUGCUGUCUCACAGACAACUGCAACACUGGAACUUAUUACUCAACGGUUCCAGUGGCUGCAUUAAACUGUUUGGCUUGUAUAGGCAACAACCAGUCGUGUACUCUUCCAAAUGUGACAUCAAUCCGAUGUGCCGGGGUCCAGGAUCGCUGCAUGACGAUCACAAGCUUGUUUGUUAGUGGUUCAAGCUCAAACUCUGUGGUUAAAGCUUGCGGAACAGGAAACCUUUGUGAUCGGAGACUGGAAUAUAACACCGGGAAAGGAAGGUUGUAUACGGAUAUAACAUGCUGUGGGAAGACCAAUUGCAACAAUGGUGCAAUAGCAGUCUCCGUGAAUGAGACACUCAAUGGACUUCAAUGCUAUGCAUGCAAUGAGACGGGAAAAGGAGAAUGCACCAAAAACAUCACAAAGGUGCAGUGUACGGGGAACAUGACCUCAUGCAUGGACAUUCAAGGAUUUCCACGAGGGACCACACUAAUGCGUGGAUGCUGCUCCAAAGAUGUGUGCCUUGGGUUAUCCACAUCCUUGUUUGUCCUACAAAGUCAGAAGCUCUACUGCUGCAAAGGGAACCUCUGCAAUAAUGGAGUUGUUGCAUCCUACUUCAGUUCCAGCUUGGUCACUGCGGAGUGGAACGUAUAUUUAUUGGGAAUGGCUCUGCUGGUUGUUAUAGGUCGUGAAAUACUGCUUUAAUCUCACAUCCAACUUUCAGGAGAAUGGCGUGUUUGACUUGCACGUUAAGAACAAUACCUCCCAUAAUCUGGAACAUGUUCUGAACACUAAAGUCAUUCUAAAACGUGAAGCAUACGUGAAGGACAAUUUAAAAAUAGUAGGCCAAACUCAAACCCUGUGAGAAGUUGGAACGUGUUCCAGGAGAAAUCUGCCUGAUAUUGUAGCACUUAAACUAAAUGACUUCUAAGAGAACUCAGCAAUAUCAAUAAGUAAAAAAAAAAAAAGUUAAAAUCAAAAGGAAUCCAAAACAUGCUACACAUGCUUUCUUACACAACAUUUCUAUACUACAACAAAACAUUCUAUGUCUACCAGUAGUACAACAUAUGGGUUAAAUUACUGCUUUACUGAAUUUUUCAAAAUAAUUUCUGACUCUCAAUGGUCAUAGAUCAAGAACCAUUCAAACUGUCAUCUAUUUAAAGUUAUAAUACAUAUAUUACUGUUUUUAGUGACAAUUAAGUGUCUUUAGAUAGUGGUCUAUUCAGUGGCUUAGGAGAUAAGAAUUCUAGGUCCAUGAACAACAUAAUUCCAAU